AUGACAGAAUCACGCCUCUUCAAGCCUCUCCAAAUCGGCGCCAUCCAAGUCCAGCACCGCAUCGGAAUGGCCCCAUUAACGCGCCGCCGCGCCACUCCGGACCGCAUCCCCACACCCCUCAUGAAAGAAUACUACACCCAACGCGCCUCUGAGCCCGGCACCCUCAUCAUCACGGAGGGAACCUUGGUCUCCGCCACCGCAUGCGGCGGGUUCUCCAACGCCCCCGGCAUCUGGCGGGCGGACCAGAUCGCGGCGUGGAAAGAGAUCACCGACGCGGUGCACGCGCGCGGCAGCUUCAUCUACGUGCAGCUAUUCGGAAUGGGCCGGGCGGCGGACCCGGAAGUAGCUGCGAGCGAAGGAAUCGACAUCGUUGCGCCAAGCGCGAUCCCGAUCCCGGAGGACGAGAACCCCGCCGCGCCGACACCGCGGGCCAUGACUCGGGCUGAGAUCCGGCAGACGGUCGUUGACUUCGCGAAAGCAGCGCGGAACGCUCGCGCGGCCGGCUUCGAUGGCGUCGAAGUCCACGGCGCCAAUGGAUAUCUCCUUGAUCAAUUCCUGCAGGACACGAGCAACCAGCGCAAUGACGAGUACGGGGGCAGCGUCGCGAAUCGGUCCCGGUUGCUCUAUGAGGUGCUGCAGGCGACGGUGGAGGCGAUCGGCGCGGACCGCGUGGGACUCCGGUUGAGUCCCUGGUCCCGGUUCCAGGGUAUGCGCAUGGCUGAUCCGAUCCCUCAGUUUGCGGACAUUAUUGACCGGGCUAGCGGGUUGGGGCUGGCGUAUCUUUCACUCGUUGAGACGCGGAUAUACGGCGCGUGGGUCUAUGACGGCAGCGUGGAUGAGAGCCACGAGACGUUGGACUUUGCGAUCGAGCGCUGGGAUGGGCCGAUUCUGGUGGCUGGGGGUUAUGGACUAGACAAGGCGCAGAAGCUGGUGGAUGAGCAAUACCCAAACAAGGAUAUCAUGGUGCUGUUCGGACGGCAUUUCAUUUCGAAUCCGGAUCUGGUGUAUCGGCUUAAGGAAGGAGUCGAGUUGUCCAAGUACCAGCGUGAGACGUUUUAUCAACUCAGUUCGGCGUUGGGAUACGUGGACUAUCCAUUUAGCAGGGAGUACCCGGCGACUGUGGGUGCCUAA